ACUGUGACGGCGGUUGGCACCUGCGCCUGCGUAUUCUCCGCUCUUUGGCGGCUCCAACUUGGCCUUCUCUGGACCUGAUGUAGUGACUGCUAUGGCGGCCUUCCUAGGUUCGGACCGGUGGCUUUGAGUCGGAGGGGAAGAAAUAGGGGACCAUGGCCGCGGAGAGCACCGGACAGCCAAGCUGCGGCUGCAAAGGGAUCCGUUCGUGCCUGAUGUGUGAGCGGGGCGGGCUUGAACGGUUUGCCCAGUUCCAGCAGAAAAAGUACCACUUCAUUUAUCACCCUGCAUCGGGCUUGGCAGUGGGGGAUGACUCUUCUAGUUUAAGUGGCUGGACUUUUCCAUUUCCUGGAGUAUUUUUAUCAGACAAUUUUGUGAAUGAAGAGGAGGAAACAGAACUGGUGAGCCUGAUGGAUAGCAAUGAGUGGAAACCCUCACAGUCUGGACGCAAGAAACAGGACUAUGGCCCAAAAGUGAAUUUUAAAAAGCACAAGUUGAAAGUGGGAAGCUUCAGUGGCCUGCCAUGCUUCAGCCAUCUCCUCAUAAACCGAAUGAUACAACACCCUAUGUUGAAAAGCUUUCUUCCUGUGGAGCAAUGUAACCUGGAUUAUAGACCAGAACGAGGCUCUUCCAUUGACCCACACUUUGAUGACUGGUGGCUGUGGGGCGAGCGUCUGGUCAGCGUGAACCUGCUGUCUGAAACCACAUUAUCAAUGUCUUUUGACUCAGAGAAUUUCAUCCCGCUACAUUGUAAUGAAAUGGUGUGCAAUGCACCAUCAUAUGAUCCAGUAACUGGUAAUUCAGAGAGCAUCUUUAAUUUCCAUGGAGAUAACAUUCCAGUUCAUUGGAUAGACAACUGUAGCAUGAAAAGGACUAGUGACACAGGUCAAAGGCCAGUCCCUUACAAAGAUGUAGAGGUAGCCAUUAAUUUGCCAAGGAGAUCUUUAAUUGCUUUAUAUGGGGAUGCACGAUAUAAAUGGAAACAUGGCAUAUACAGGGAAGAUAUCAAGUCAAGGCGGAUAUGCUGUACCUUUAGGGAGUUAUCGGAAGAGUUCAGCCACGGAGGGAACCAAGAGGCACUGGGGAAAGAGCUCGUGGAUAUAGCACUGAGGUUUCAGGGUGUUCCUGUAUAAAAUUACUACUCUAAAGCAUCAAGCAUAAGUGACCUCCAUUAUAAACUCAGUUUUGGGAUAGCUACAAAAAACAUGGUAUUUAAGUUAUUUAACCCAUAUCCGUAUGCUGUUGCCUGGUUAAAAAAAGAUGCAAUGGGUGUGUCAGUCUGCCUCCAGGCCUUUGUAGCUUUAUAAAUGUUUGCCUAGAGAUUUACAAGAAUAGUGAGCUUCUUCUGACUUUUUCUGCCACCCCACUGGGGAAACAGCUGCUCUCCACUCCAGCCCCUAUAAUCAGGAACACUUUUGGGGGAAAUUAUGGUAUCAGAAUAAUGUCUUGGCAAAUUGUCCACCAAUGCACCGUGCACAUGAGCCAUAACCAGGCUUUUAUUAGUGAGGGAAGUGCAAAAAGUAAGCUCAGAAUCCAGAAUCAAUUUUUCCAAAUUUACUGCAGCUAGGUGGUGGUUUGAGUAUUGACCUGUUGUGAGAGGACUUGGCCUAUUUUUAAUUAAUAAAUGGACACACAAUUCAAAUUAUUCCAACCUGUCAAAUUGCCUCUUCAGAAACCACUGAUCCUGGUUUUCUCUAAGCAAACAGGUAGUGAUCUGCUUUACUGUCAAAUAUUUAGAUUUUGAUUUAAAUAAAUGUUAAUAUAUUGUAAAUUAACUGUGCUCAAAUAUAACUUUGGUGUUAUGUCAGGGUGAUUGAAGUUAGCGUUUUGGAAAUUCUUUUACUAAAUGAGCUUAAGUUUAAACUAAUUUUGAAUUUUAAACUAGUUUGCUCCCUACUUCAGUUUUGUAAAAUAUCAGCUAUUUGGGAAUGGGACAAUGAAAGUGACAUUUUACCAAAUGUAUAUCUAGUUUUAAUAUUGGAAUUCUACAGAAUUAUAUUUUUUAUUUUGUAGGCUAUUUUUAUCAGAUUCUUGAAUGAAUCCUGUAUUGAAAUAAGUCAGUAAUUUUUAUAAAUAAAAUGUCAGGUCAGAUUAUUUAUGAGGAUAAAGAAAUUGGUGAGCUAAA